UUUGCAUUCGAGUAAGCAUAAUGGCAACGAGAGCUUUGUAUCCCACAUCCUACGACGAGGAGUCGAGAAUAUGGAGUGGCAUGAGCAAAGCUCCCUUCUACGAUCCUGAUUGUUCUGUUGGUGCAGUUUUCUUCAAUGCCAUGAAGAAUUGGCCAAGUCAAACAGUUUUGAUCAAUCACAACGAUGGCCGAAAAGUGACGAAUGCUGAAAUGCGACAAUUGGCCAUUCGAUUGGCUUUGUAUUUGAAGAAGGAGAAAUUGACACACAAUGAUGUCGUUGGCAUUAUUGGAGUCACCAGCACAUAUUUAGCACCUCUAAUAACAGCUUGUUUCUUCAAUACGACACCAUUUCAUUCGGUGGCAUUGAAUAAAGAAGCGAGCACUAUUAAAGAACUCUACACGCUGACCAAACCGAAGAUUAUGUUUUGUGAUGCUGCUGACUAUGAAUUCAUCAAGGAAGUGACCACAGAAUGGACACCCAAAUUUGUUAUCCUCACAGGACGUGUCGAAGGAGUGACAAGCAUUGAGGAUCUGCUGAAGCCCACAGUUGAGGAGCAUUUCUAUCAACCCUUACCCUUGGCCGUGAAUGGAGAUCAGACUGCUUUGAUAUUGUGCUCUUCGGGCACCUCAGGUCCACCCAAAGCUGUCGCAUUAUCCCACAAACAUGUGACUAGAAUAGCUCCAUUUUGCAAUAGCUCAGAUGUGAUUUUGACCAGCGCUACGCUUGCUUGGGCAACUGGGUUCAUUACUAUUGCAAUCAGCUUAAUUUAUGGCGUACAAAAAGUUAUAUUCGACGGUCCAUUUAAUGCGGAAGAAUUUAUAAGUAUGAUCAAGCAAUAUAAUGCUACGAUUCUUGUGUUGUCACCUUGGCAGACUUAUGAGCUUUUCAAUCAUCCCUCGGCCACCGAAGAAGCUUUCGCCAAGCUCAGGGUGAUCUUCAUAACCGGUGGAUGGAUCUCCACUAAAAUUCUGCAAUACGGUCAGAGUUUAAUGAAGCAAUGCUUGAUUGUUUCUUCAUAUGGAACCACAGAGACUGGAGCAAUUACAGCAAACAUUGAUCACAGCCACAAUGAUACCGUUAAUAAUGUGGGUCGCAUCUUUCCCGGCAUGCGCCUUAAGAUUAUUGAUGAUGAAGGCAACGCUCUACCUCACAAUAAAAUCGGUGAAGUUCUCAUAGACAUCGGUUCGAAAUGGAAGGGAUACGUUGGCCUUGCUGCCGAUACUGAAGAGACAUUGAAGGAUGGUUGGAUUAAUCUCGGUGAUCUAGGCUACAUCAACGAUGACAAUAAUCUUAUACUUGUGGAUCGUAAGAAGGAUUUGCUCAAAUACAAAUCAAAUCAUUAUUGGCCGACUGAGAUCGAGCUGAUCAUUGCCGAAUUGCCGGAGGUAUUAAAUGCCUGCGUUGUGGGCAUUGACGAUCCCAGAUACGGAGAUGCUGCUGGCGCAUUGGUUAUCAAGAAACCUGGAACUGCGAUCACUGAGCAGCACAUAAUUGAUCAUGUGGCCAAUCGUCUCGUGGUCGAGUACAAGCAAUUGCAUUCGGGCGUAAAGUUUGUGGACACAUUACCAAUGAACACAAAUGGAAAACUUUUGAGAAGCACAGCCAAACAAGUGUUUUUGGAGGGAUUGAACUGAAAGUAAAGGUGAUCUGUCCGUACUAACUACUAGAUUUAAGAGACUAUAAGGUAGAGAAAACAUUAUCGGUGACAAUUCUUGUGCAGAUCACAUGUCAUUUGGAUAUCAGCAGUAAGCUGCAAACUCAUUCUAUAAAAUAAGAUGAACAAUUAAUGUAAAUGCUCAAUGUUCUUGCUUCGAUAAGCUUCAAUAAAAUCAACGAAAUUACAGUAUUACAAAAAAAUAUAUUUAAAUUC